UUAACGGGAGACAAAAGCUUGUGCUUUUAGAGAAAUUUAACUGGCGUUCAUAUUUGUAUUUGGGCGUGGGGAGGGCGGAAUAAUAGAGGAUUUCUUCGCGUUGUCUUAGCAGGUGUGAAGGAGGUGCACAUCGGAUUUACAAGCAUUCUUGUUAAUGAAACUUUGUUACGAAUUUCGGACUGGGGUUACCAUCCGCCAUGUUAAGAUAAAGACCAGGAGCUCUGUGUUGAACAUGCUAAAGCGACUGGACAAAAUCCGGUUCAGAGGUACCAGGAGAGAUGAGUUUCUGGACCUUGCGGAGUCCCCCAAUGCCUCGGACAGUGAAUGUAAUGAUGAAGUCGUGAUAAAACCAAGAUCGUCCUCCAAAGACACAGAGGAGCUACGAGAUCCUGCUGGUUCAGGAUCUGUCAUCAUGGCUGCUGCCAUUCAGGAUUACCAGAGAACUGAGUCAGAGCGACUUAGUGAGGUCAAAGGGCACCUGGAGAUUGCCUUACUGGAAAAGCACUUCCUCCAAGAGGAGUUGAGGAAGCUCAGAGAAGAAACGAAUAUUGAGUCUUUGAAACAGGAGCUGGAGAAAGAGAAAACCAGAAGACUCGACCUUGAGCAGAAAAUGAAUGAAGUUCUUAAAUCAAGACUAGAAGACUCUCCUCCACAAGCCCCUAAAUCACAGAGCACUGCCCCCAAUGGAACAGGAGACAGGCAGAGGGAGACUGUUUCGUCCAGACUGUGGAAGUGGGUCUAUGAUCGAUUUGGCAUUUACAUUGAGGACUUCCGUUUCCAGCCUGAGGAAAACACUGUGGAGACAGAGGAACCGCUAAGUGCUAAAAGAUUGACUGAGAACAUGAGGCGACUCAAGCGAGGGGCCAGGCCUGUGACUAACUUCAUGAGGAACCUGUCUGCCUUAUCCAGCUGGCACUCUGUCUAUACAUCUGCUAUCGCCUUCAUAAUCUAUAUGUAUGCUGCGUGGCAUGGCUGGGCCAUUCCCAUGUUUCUGUUUUUAGCCAUCCUGAGGCUGUCCUUGAAUUACCUCAUAGCAAAAGGUUGGAGGAUUCAGUGGAGUAUUGUGCCUGAAGUAUCUGAAUCUGUGGAGCCUCCAAAAGAAGACCUUACAGUCUCAGAAAAAUUUCAGCUGGUUCUAGAUGUUGCACAAAAGGCACAGAACCUCUUUGGGAAAAUGGCAGAUGUCCUAGAGAAAAUUAAAAACCUUUUCAUGUGGGUAGAACCAGAGAUCACACGGAAGCUGUAUGUGGGGCUUUGGCUGGCCCUCCUGUCCUCCUGCUCUCUGCCAUACAAACUCCUGGGCUUCAUCAUCGGUCUUUAUGCUGGAAUUAAGUUCUUCAUUAUCGACUUCAUAUUUAAGAGCUGCCCUAAGCUGAGAGACAAAUAUGACACUCCGUACAUCAUCUGGAUGAACCUCCCUACUGACCCACAGCUGAAAGAGCGUAGCAGUGUCACCCUCAACCGACGGAUCCAGCCCGCUGUGAUGCGCGGUAACCCAGGCAACAGCGUGCCCUGCGGCCUGAGCCGCGAUGAGGAGACGGGUCGCAUCUACAGCACCAAGAAAGGGGCUUUCCAUGAGGUCUUCGGCCUGGCCGAGAGCGAGCGCCCUCUCCCAGUUUGUGAAAACGGCUGGAGGUGCUGUCUGAUAAACAGAGACAGAAAGAUGCCCACGGACUACAUUCGUAAUGGUGUACUGUACGUGACAGAAAAUUACAUUUGCUUUGAGAGCUCCAGCUCCAGAUCAAGCUCCUCGAAGAAGAAUAAAGUCAUCAAACUGGUGGACAUCACAGAUAUUCAGAAGUACAAAGUCCUGUCAGUCUUGCCUGGGUCUGGCAUGGGAAUCUCAAUAGCUACUCCCUCCACACAAAAGCCUCUGGUGUUUGGUGCUAUGAUGCAUCGAGAUGAGGCUUUUGAUGCCAUAUACACACAGUAUAUAAAGAUAACAGCCACUGCAACUCCUCAACUCAGUAACCCUGACACCUAGGACCACCCCUUCUAUACAUACACGCUCUCAGACUCACGCUCACACACAUUCUCACACAUGCGUGCGU